UAUCUGAUAAAUCUACCGGGUUUGGGAGCUAUGUCCAUAGUUCCCAAACAAACAAUUCCCUUCCGAUGAGUCAAACAAACUCUACUUCACCUGAUGCUAAGAAAUUGUUUUGCGAUUAUUUUCAUUGAAAAUCGGGUACCAUGAUUUUGUCUUAUUUCAUUUUGGCAUAGGAAAUUAAGAAAAUUUUAACGUUUCAUAAUAAUCGCGAUGGAUCCAUUGAUGCUUCGAUGGCUAUGUGGAGUGCGCCAGCUGUCUUAUCUUCAGCGAAAUUCACUCUUGAGCUCCAACCAUAAUUAUUUUAGUAGUCACGCUGUUAUGUUGCCACCAACGCUUCUGCUACCGCAUGAAAUCGGACGACAAUAUAACUUUCAAUCUUCCAAUAAUACGCGAGGUAGUGAAUAUGUAGCUCGGAACUUUUCAUACUUAGGACAUCAAUUUUCGUCGGUUUCGGAUCGACUUUCGAGCACGCUGUCUCGAGUUACAAAUUCUUCAUCUAAAUUGAGUAUUAAUAACUCACAAAACACAGGCUUCCUUGGCUCCAAAAUCAUGGGAAAUAAACAUUCAUCAAUUAUGAAUGAUCUCAGCUAUGUCAACACGAGCCUGUGGAUAACAAAUAUUUGCGACCGGCGGCUGUUGUCGACUCGUGGACAACAGACGCUUGUGACUGUGGAUGACGUGGCCGCGUACAUCCAAGACGAAGCGUCCAGCGUUCUCGUCAUGACCGGCGCCGGCCUGAGCACUGCUUCCGGCAUUCCGGACUUUAGAUCACCAGGCACAGGAAUCUAUGACAACCUCCAGAAGUACAACCUGCCGUACCCGGAAGCUAUUUUCGACAUUCAAUUUUUUAUGAUGGACCCGCGUCCUUUUGUAUCUUUGGCUCAAGAGUUGUACCCAGGACUGAAGUUCAAGCCCAACGCUGGCCAUUAUUUCAUCAGACUGCUGCAGGAUCACGGCAAACUCCACCGCGUCUACACACAAAACAUCGACGGACUUGAACGAUUAAGCGGCAUACAAGACGACAAGCUCAUGGAGGCGCAUGGGAGUUUCUCGAGCGCUUCAUGCACCUUAUGUCGCGUCUCUCACGACAGCGAGGCCGUCAAACGCAGCAUCUUGAGUGGACCGGGCGUGCCGGUCUGUGGCGUCCGUGGCUGCAAGGGAAAAGUGAAACCAGAUAUCGUAUUUUUUGGCGAAAAUCUCCCCGAAGCUUUCUGGCGUUUCGAAGAGGACCUUCACGCCAUCGACUUGCUGCUGAUCAUGGGCACGUCUCUGGAGGUCUACCCGUUCGCAAGUAUCGCGGAGUCAGCGCGUCGCGUCACCCCGCGGGUGCUGGUCAACAGGACGGGGGCGGGGCAGAUCGGGUCGCGUGUCCGGGACUGCGUCCUGAUGGGCGACAUCGUCGACACCACCACGAGGCUCGCGCACCUCUGCGGCUGGCAACGGGAACUGCACGAGCUUAUUUCUUCUUCGUGAAAUGCUGAUAGUGAUGCAGAGGUCAGCGUUGAUUUGGCCUAUUCUGACCUGCCGCAGAUUCUAGACAUUGCCGAGUUCUCACAGCUUGCUAAGGUUUUGAACCCGCAAUUCAUUGCUAAAAACUUGCUGUUCUCAACCGCCCCGCUUUUGACCAGAACUGUCACAGGAAGUUGAAAUUUAACUGCCAACUAACAGUUCAUGUCCUGGCACUCUGAAUUAUAACCACUGGGCCACCCUGCUCUUGAUAACAAGGAAAUAAUUUAAGCGUCAGCCUUUGAGAUGGUUAGCUUAUAUUAAUAUCUUGCCGUAUUGAAAGUUCAUCGUACACAUUCAGCUAAAUAUAGCAGGUAUUGUCCUUUUUCAAGUAUUGCCGGCCUUGUAUAAUGUGCAAUAUAGUAUAUGUUAACGAAAAGUUUGAAUAUUAUCUAUUUUGAGAAAUGUUUUAUAAAGCGAAACUAUUUAUUUUUGUCAAACACGUCUCAUAUUCAACCGUCAUGCGCGCACGAAUUUUUACCCUUUCGCGGGCGUGUUACCAUAUAUGGUCACUUGAAAUCUUCUUCCAAACAAACCCAGCUCGUCCUCCGGUUUGUGUUUAAAGCUACGUUAUCACGCCUCUGCUAAUUCAGCCUAUCCACUCAUACAUAGCUUCGCCUCCUAUCAUACCCAGGAAUUGAAAUAUGAGCAUUUAAAUGGAAACUUUGACUCGGACAAUGAAAUUGACGCUUUUCCGCAUUUUUUAGAAACUCAACAGAAGUAAUAUCAAUUUAUUUUUAUUUUAAAGAAGCUUGAGAAAAUUAAAUGAAAUCGAAGCUUGAUAGUAUUCCUUUGCAUUUGAUUUCAUAAAUUUAAAAAAAAAUCUAUUUUUUUAGUAGAGUGACCGAUUUUUACAGAACUUUCAUCUGCGAUUUCCUCCAAUAUCAUGCCAAAUUUUAAAAUAUCCUUACGAGUAAAUUUAUCUUAUAAUUCACCAUACUUUCUCGCAAUAGGCUGAUAAUUCAAAUUUCAGCCUAUUUCUAUGCUUGCCCACGAAAGGUGGGCACGGCGGCACGCAUUCCGCUAUACUGUCAUCAUUCAGUCAGCUAUAAACUGUUUGUAGCCUCCCCUUCAAAAAGUAUUUUCUGUAUUGCAAGUUCAUUCUCUGUUACCAGAUUCUAAGAAAUGUAAAGUCAGAGCGUCUCGUUGCCUUUUGUUGCCCUGUGACUCAGUAAACGAUUACAUUUAGUUCUCCGAAGUCUCGACAAGCAUUUAGGUAUAGGAUAGUAAACCCUGGCACUUACUAGAAUAAAUUAUUACAGAGUCGGAAUUCAUGGCAUCAAAUUUAACUCCCUCUGAAAUGCCGUAUUUGCAAUAUUAUUAAUAAUAAUGGCAAAGAGUUCGGUCAGGUUGGUCGUUGUCUCGUUUUUUUUGGUUAAUUCUUGAUUUUUCCUCCUCGCUGGCUGCUUUCCAAGCUGCCCACUCAACGAUCGUUACCAGUCCGCUCCUGGGAAGACCGCAGUGUUUAGGUCAGUGGUUCCCGAACUUUUUCAGGCUGGCGCCCCCUUUGGCUCCCUAGUGUAUUUCU